AUGAAUACGAUUAAGUGUGUAGUUGUUGGUGAUGGGGCGGUAGGAAAAACAUGCCUUCUGAUCUCGUAUACCAAGAACAAGUUCCCCACUACAUAUGUACCUACAGUUUUUGAUAACUAUGCGGUGACGGUUAUGAUUGGUGGUGAACCGUACACGCUUGGUUUGUUUGACACAGCAGGUCAGGAAGAUUAUGACAGAUUACGGCCCCUCAGCUACCCGUCCACUGAUGUCUUUCUAGUUUGCUUUAGUAUCGUCAACCCUGCAUCUUUUGAGAAUAUCAAAGAAAAGUGGAUAGCAGAAAUAACUCAUCAUGUUCCAACAGCUGUCUACCUGAUUGUAGGCACACAGAAUGACUUGAGAGAUGAUCAAAACAAAAUCGCAGAGCUUCAAAGAGACCGAAAGAAGCCUAUCACACAACUACAAGGGGAAAAGCUAGCCAAAGAUACUAAAGCUGUAAAAUAUGUGGAAUGCUCUGCUAUGACACAAAAAGGACUAAAGGAUGUUUUUGAUGAGGCCAUACUGGCGGUGUUGUGUCCUCCUGCCCGUGAAAAAAAGAUGUGUCGAGUACUUUAG